AUGCUCAACAUGGUUCAGUUGCAGCCAGUUAUCCUGGCAUUUCUAAUAUUUUCGGAGUCAGGAAACGCUGAUGAAGUAUCUUUCACUUUAAUUGUACCAGCGGGCAAAAUUGAGUGUUUCUAUCAUUCUGUCACUUAUGAACAUUAUCAGUCGUUUGAAUUGGAUUAUAUGGUACUUUGUUUCAUUUUUGUAGUAAAAGGUGGAGAAAAUGAUAUUACAUUCUACAGUGAAUCCCCUCUUGGUAACCGAAUUAUUACGGAAUUAAGGGUGGAACUGAAUGAUACGAGAAAUGGUUACGGAGAUUACAAAUUUUGUUUCGACAAUUCAUUUAGCAUUCAAACAGCGAAACAUAUAUUUUUUGAUUUCUACCUCAUGGAUUCUUAUGGUCAAUUCUUGGGUGAUUUCAAUAAAAAAUUUAAUGUCGAAGCAGAUAUUCUGAGGAAUCUCGAUAUGCAUAUUGAUAAUUUCCAAACUGUAACAACAAGUGUAAAAAAUAAUUUAAAUGCUAUUGAACGGAUUCAACGGCAUUAUUCGAGCUCUGAAAUUCUUGAUCGUUCGAUCCUUGAGAGGAGUUUCGAAAUGAUUAAUUUUUGGAGUUUUAUUCAUCUUAUAACGAUGUUAUUUGCUGCUUCAGUUCAGGUAUAA